AUGCAGUUCUGGUCGCUGCCGGGUGCGGAUGAGGCCUUCGGCGACAUCGGCCGCGUCGACAGGCUCGAUUCGCGCACCCUGGAGAGGGGGCACACCAGGACCUUCGCGUUCUGGCUCUGGGUUUGGGACGUUGCCCACAUCCCCACUAGGCGCGUGCUCUGGGUGCUCAAGCGGGGUGCCGGUCGGGCGGAUGAGAUCAUCGGCCUCGUCCCCGCGGAUAGCCGCAUCCCCCCGCCUCCCGGCGUCCGGCGCUACCACCUGCUGCUACAUGUCGACCUACUAGAGGAUUGGUCACCGCUCUCGCCGCGCUCGUCUCAGUCCGGCCAGAGCGGGCUGCCCUCCUCGGAUGAAAAUAACGACCGCCCUUUCCCGCGCAUCGAGCCCGGCACUUGGGUGGCCCAUGUUGAAGACGGGCAGGGCAGGGCCUACAAAAGGGCGCCGCGCAUCGGGGCCGGGGGCUGCAGCCCUGUGCUCGGUGGGGGCGCCCGCGACCACGAGGAGGACGGCGGUGGAGGCGGUUCUGGUGCUAGUCGUUCCUGGAAGGAUCGCCUGCUGGGUCGUGGCUGCCACGCCAGGGGCUGUGACGGGGACGUGAUCUCGGACGCGCACCGUCGCCGUAGCAGAUCGCCUGACGCGCUCGUCACCCCGCUGGCUUUCGAAGACGAUGGCCGCUCGCCCUCUUCGCCCACCGCCAAGCCCGCUGAGCUGGAGAGCCCGGAGAUGCUGCCGUGCCUACUGACCUGCAUCGCCUCCCCUGCAGCACCAACGGUGGGCUUCCAGAUGGACGCGGUCAUCCAGCAGGUGGGCUCCAUGCAAAUCGAUGACAGUCAGGCGCAAGCAGCCGAGCUGUUUGCUGCGGUCCCGCCUCUGAUCCUCGCUAGCCAGCCUCCCCGUCCACGCUACUCCGCCCCGCCCAAGUCCAGGGCUACCUCCGCCCCCUCCUGUCGCAGUGCUCGACAGGCAGUAGCUGGAAACUCCACCCCGGUGGCGCAGAGGGCGGUUCUGCGCCUAGUCUAG